CGGGAAGACCAUCUUUAGCGGUCUUGGCUUCCCGGAAGCGGCAUUUCCAUAGGCAACAAGAAAUGGCGACUCUGUCAGUGUGCCAGCCGCAGUUUGGAGGUUUCAGUUUCGAAAAUUGUAAGAGGAAUGCCCUCUUACAAGCUGAGAUUACUAAACUAGGAUGCAGCGUUCCUGCCGCUCGGAAAACUGGAACAACAAUCGUUGGCGUUGUGUUCAAGGAUGGAGUUGUUCUGGGGGCUGACACGAGGGCCACAGAAGGCAUGGUUGUGGCAGAUAAAAACUGCUCCAAGAUCCACUACAUUUCCCCCAACAUCUACUGCUGUGGAGCAGGCACAGCCGCAGACACAGAGAUGACCACGCAGAUCAUCUCCUCCAACCUGGAGCUGCACGCGCUCUCCACCGGCCGCCUGCCCCGCGUCGCCACCGCCAACCGCAUGCUCAAGCAGAUGCUCUUCAGGUAUCAAGGCUACAUCGGGGCUGCGCUGGUCCUGGGCGGGGUGGACUGCAACGGCCCCCAUCUGUACUCCAUCUAUCCUCACGGCUCAACUGACAAGCUGCCCUACGUCACCAUGGGCUCUGGGUCUCUGGCUGCUAUGGCCGUCUUUGAGGACCGCUACGUCCCCAACAUGGAGGAGGACGAUGCUAAGAGUCUGGUCCGUGAUGCCAUUGCAGCUGGUAUCUUCAAUGACCUUGGCUCCGGCAGCAACAUUGACCUGUGUGUGAUCACUAAAGGCAAGGUGGACUACCUGCGGCCCCACGAUGAAGCCAACAAGAAGGGCGUCAGAACUGGGGACUACAAGUACAAGCGUGGCACAACUGCUGUCCUGACCAAAGCCAUGACCCCGCUGGAUCUGGAGGUGGUGGACGAGACGGUCCAGACCAUGGACACCUCCUGAAGCCCCAGAGACCCCUGACGGCUUUACAUGUGUAACCUCACUAAACCCCUCCCAGCCCCAUCGUCUCUGUGAGAGGCUAGAUUUGCAUGUACUUUUUUUUCCAUGGUUUACAAUAAAAUAAGUUGUGAGUAA